CUUAUAUGUCACCCGAGAUCUCAAUUUACCCAAACAUAUCAUCUCUAUCGAUAGCCUGAUUCAUUGAGAACUACUGCUUACCACCUCUCACACUUUCUCUCUCCCCUCCUCCUCUUCCUCCACCACUCUUUUCUCGGGGCCCGUGUCCCCACUCUGACCGAAAAGGCUGCAUUAGUCCGUCCGCCCACGGCUGAUCGCUCUCAAUCCGGACUCCAACCCACCGAAAUUCUGCCACUACUCCUGCUCUGAGAGCCACAGCCUCUGCCGAGCGAUCUCGUUUUAACAAUCAACAUCAACCCCCCUCUCUGUCACCCAUCUCGGGGCCAAUCAUCGUCUCCCCUUCCUUUGUUGUUCGAGAUUGCCGUGGUGCCCAGGCCCUCUCAGCCGCUUCAUACAACUAUCCGAGUCCGCCCUAUCCCUGGAUUCCCGCAAGGCCUUCCGUCCGCCUUCCUCUCCGUCAAUCUCCUGUCCGUGCGGCGUGCGCAAUAACCAAAGGCGCUUUCCACCGUUCCCCGUGAUAUGGUUCCUUCUUACACGAUGGACCCCAACACUGGCUAUCCCGCUGGCUAUCCCGUGCCUACUCAGACUCCCCCGAAUCAAAUGUCAUUCUAUCCAAAUUCGAUUCCCCAAUACGCGCAAUCGAAAACGCCUCUUCAACCUGUCCAGCAGCCCCAGCAGCAUUCCUUUGGUGCCAUGCCUAUGCAGCCAGGUGGCCCUGGGGGGGCUAUGAUGCCUACAGGCUUUCCCCAACAGACAAAUGUGUCGAUGGAAUCGUUUUCAUCUCCCUUCACUCAACCCCCUCUCCCCGCCAAUAUGACACCAUUCUCUCAGCCGGGCACCAUGCCCAACGGACCAUCGGCCGUCCAACAGGCAUUUUCACAGAACAUGGCCUCCAUCCAACAAAGUAACCUCCUCGCGAACCAGCCGAAGCCUUCUCAAAUGAGCUCACCUCAAAUCGCCCAAACGGGGUCUCCCGCGCCGACCCAGUCACCAGCACAAUUUCAAGUCCAAGCCCAGGUGCAGGCUCAAAUGGCGGCGCGUGAGAAGGCCCGCGUCACAACGUUGCUGGACAUCAACUCGACCUUGCUGCGGGAAGUGGUUAAUUUGCAAGCAUUGGGUAAAGCAGGACCCGCGUCACCUGGUGAUGCCAACGCGUCUCCGACUGAUCAGAGCGGGGAGGCUCUGAAGCAGCAGGGUUCGAAACCAAGUCCGGAAUACAUUGAAUGCAUGCGCCGGUUACAAGCCAACCUGGCCUAUCUUGCGACGAUAGCCGAUCGCGCCAAAAAGUCGGGGGGUGUUGCCCCUCAGGCUCCGGCAAUCAUGACACCGCCUCCAAACCUCCCUGCUGUCCAUGAGUUGUAUGCCAGACUAAAUGAGCUGUUCCCCCGGACAGGCAAGGCGUCGACCCCUCAAACUCUGAGCCCCGGUGGCAUGCAGGGCAACGGCGGGCCCAGUCCAUCACCAGUCUCCGAAUCGGUGGUUUGAAGAGAUGGUGUGAGGUCUGUGCCUGACAGCUUGGUCCUCGUGAGCAAGCAUCUCGUCUUCCCCUCCGCUACAUUGAUAUUAGUUUCAAUCCCCCUCUUCUCUUCAACGGGCAAAUCGGGAUCUCGAUGCCCUCCCCCUAUUGACAUCUCUCCAUAUCUGAAUAUCUCAAUGGAGGAAAGACCCCCAGAAGCGGCGCCACCCGUCCAGACGGCGGUCCGUCCUGUCUGCGCCACCCCCGGCGAGAGGCGGCCCUGUCUUACUAUUUGGUCCAAUCGUGGUGGUAUUCUGUACUUCCGUCAUACGCACUCUAGCCCGCCGUAAGACCUCAACCUCACCAGGCAAGCGAGAUAGAAAAUCAGCCGGAGAGUCGCCUCGAUUAUGGCCAUUGUACUUUGCGUCCUCGUUUUUUCUCAUUCCGAAGAAGUCUUCGCAAAAAAUCAUGACCACUUGAGCUGCGUGUGCCAGAUUUUUCUGUAUCUUCGGACGAGCUUCGUUGGUCCUCCAUGAUACCAUGUAUUUUACUUUAAAUUUGGGAAAGAAUAUAUAGCUUUAUUUUUUCAUUAUGAGAGCGAUGGGUUGAUCAUGCAAGACUUGCGUGCAUGCAUAGACAUGACUGCAACAGUUGCUAGUCUCAAGUCUCGUCAAAGCUUGUCGAAUAGUACGAUUUCUAUCCAGAUGGUCAA